GUUUUUAUCUGUCAUACAUGCAAUUGUCAACAACAAAUCAAUUCCGGAGAUUGUGUCAUGUCUAGUUCCGAUAAUCUCAUGAACUCAUUCCUAAACUGUUUAAUUAUCUGUCAAAUUUGAAAAGCAUAGCGUGGUGCUACAUUUUUGUUCGUUAAACAUGAGUGAAGAACGCAAAAAUCACCCUCCUCAUCGAUCUAUUAGCAAAGACUGGGAUUCAGUUGAUAUGGAAAGGUAUUGGAAGCCAGUUUUUGAUAAGUAUGAUACAGAUAAAGAUGGAAGCAUACCAUUGCGAUACCUGAAAACUAUCCUGAAAUCUUCAGAUGAACUUCGCCAUGACUUUCCGGAUGAAGUUAUUGAAGAAAUUUUAGAAUGGGCAGACAUUAACAAUGAUGGUCUUCUAAGCUAUGAUGAAUUCUUGAGGAUGGUUCAUGCUCGCGAACUUGGAGAAGCUCGACCUCGAUUUCAAAGAAUAGUCAGAUUUGCUGCUUUAACUGUUGUUCCAAAGAAUCAGCAAGCUAUUACUAUACGUCGGUACAUUGAAGAAUACAAUUGCUAUCCACCUCCUAUAUUUCUUCUUUUAAUCAGUUUAAUUGAACUUGGGGUAUUUAUUUACUAUUGUGUGAAAUUAGGGGAGUUAAGUGCAUCUGGACCAGUUCCAAUUGAGAGUCUUCUUAUUUACAACCCCAAGAAACGCUAUGAAGCUUGGCGUUUCCUUACUUAUAUGCUAAUACAUGCUGGGGCUGUGCACAUCUUUUUCAACCUCUUAAUUCAAUUAUUGUUGGGUGUUCCAUUGGAGAUGGUUCAUAAGUGGUGGAGAGUUAUGCUUGUCUAUUUUGGUGGUGUUAUAGCUGGUUCCUUAGGAAGUUCACUAUCUGAUCCUGCAACUUAUUUAGCUGGUGCAUCUGGAGGGGUGUAUGCUUUAAUAGCUGCUCACUUAGCAAAUGUUAUAAUUAAUUUUAAAGAGAUGACUUUUGGCUGGGUACGUCUUUUGGGUCUUCUAAUUUUUGCUGGUACUGAUAUAGGUGUUGCUCUGUAUUCAAGAUAUGUUGAAGAUGAAAAAAGCCGAACCAGUUAUGCUGCACAUUUUGCUGGGUCGUUAGCAGGUCUUAUGAUUGGUAUGGUAUGCUUAAGAAACCUUAAGAUUAAAAAAUGGGAGCAAAUUUUGGGUUGGACCUUGUUUGGAGUAUUUUGCAUUCUAAUGCUAUUCACAAUUCUCUGGAAUAUAUUUUAUACUUCAUACUAUCCACCUCAGGUAUAAGAUUAAAUAUAGGCAAGAUUUUUUGCAGAUAUUUAUUUGCUAAAUCAUGAAAAUUUUAAAAUAUGCAUUGCUUUAUUUGUAAUUUCUGAUAAUAUAGUUCUUUUUCUAUUAAUAUGUAAAUGAAAUGUAGUGUGCAUUAUAUAUUUUGUCUUUUAAAUUGCACACAUUUUAUAUAAUUUUUAAAAAACAAAUGCUUUACUUUGGAAUUAUCUUGUUGUUUGUAACAUAUUUUGCCUCUCAAAAUUCUUUUGAAGUUGCUAUAUCUAUUAUAUUAGUAAAUAUUUUGUAUGUAGUCCUAGAUUUUAAAUGUAAUACUCUAAUAUGAUUAGUUUUAUAUUAAAAAAACAUUAACACAGGUUUCUCUAAGGUAGUUGCUUCUAUUGGUCAUUUUAUUAAUCUUGUUAUAAAAUGUUGAAAUCUGUUUUCAUGGGAAAUUUGGUCUGUUUAUGGUCUUAUUAUUAUAAUCAGUAUUAUACUUCUACCUUUUUGAUAAAGUAUUGUUUUUGUUGUGAAAAUGUUAAAAUAUUUAUAAAAGUAAUUGAAUAAUUUAUUAUUUAAUGUUGUAUGCUAAAGUUGAAUUUGUUUUGCCCGGUGAUUGUUUGCUAGCCACUAAAAUAUCUAAAGUGGCUAAUUUUCUGAAACAAUUAUAUUAUUGGGGAUUUAAUGAUUGGAUUUGAUGUAUAAAUUAGUGUAUGUUCUGUUUUGAUAUAAUGUCCACUUAUGUUUUUAUAGGUCUGAUGAUUAUUUAUAUAAAUUUGUGAUUGGGAAUGAUUUUAUGGAAUAUUGUUGUUUUAUACUUCUGUUUUAUAAAUCAGUUGGUGCUACUGAUCUAAUAAAGAGGGCACUUUUAGUAUUUUUGUGCUAUUAAAUCUAUAGAUUAGAUAAUUGCAAGUCAAGUUUUUAAAAGAAUGAGGUUGAAGCAUUUUCAGAUAUUUUGUUAUAACCAUUAAAAUAAAUAGCUGGGAAAUUUUACCCUGUAGAAAUAUAGUUUUACCUAAAGAAUAGUUUGAAAUUUUUUAUUUGUGUCUUUUCCUCAAAUUCUUCUUCAGUUUUUCAGAUUAAUAAUUCAUUUUUGAAUACAUCAACUCUUCUUUCACUUUUUACACUCAUAACCUCUUUCCUAAUGUGUAUGUCUUGUUAUGUAGGGAGGGGAGGGGGAGAAUGCGAGUCCAUUUCUAUAAAAAAGAUUUUGCUACGAAUUGAAAGUUGAAAAUAAUGAUUAAUUCUAAAUAACAUAAAGGAAACUGAAAUAAAAAUAAGUAUAUGAAAAUUUUUUGAUAAACCUUUUAAUUUAAAGUUAUGUUCUUAGCGAUUCUUGGUUGUAAUUAAUGAUGAAACUGAGAGAAAGUCCUCUAACAUUUUUCAAAACCUUUAUAUUUUUCUAUUUUAUAAAAUUCACCUAUUUUACUUUUGAGGUCACUGUCCAUACUUUUUGUUAUAGCCUGUGAUAGCUGAUAUGUAUCUCAUCGUUAUAUAUACUAUGAUACAAAACUUUGGUUCUGAUUAUAAGAGCAUUGGGAAUUCUGAUAUCAGACAUGACACAUUUCUGCAGAAAUGCAGAUUUCAGCAUUUCCCAAAUUGAAUUUUAUUAUUCUUGGGAUUAAUUUUCUUUUAUGUAAUAAUUUUUACAGUAUUUUUAAUAUCUCUAGCACUUUUUAUAUAAAUUUAUUCAUUUUAUUACUUAAAUAAUCACUUAUUUUACAGCUUGGUGUUUGUGUUUGACACUAUUCAUUAUUUUAUGAUGUUCAACUUUUUUGUUCCAAAUCUGUGUCAUGUUUGGAUAUCCUUUUACUUUGUCUGAAUCCUUGCUUUAGAUUUUUAAAACUCAACCUGAAGAUUUUGUUUUAUAAUAGACUUAAUUUAAAGAUUUAUGGAGUUAAUUGAAUGAUUUAGUUAAAAUGAACAAUGAAAACUCUUGCAAAAGUCUGUAAAAGUAUGCUGUGAUAUUAUAUUUUACUCAUAAAAAAAUAAAAGAAAAUGGAAUGUUUGCUGAAUUUUUGCUUUUGUUAUGUCUUAUGGUUUUUUCCUCCUUAAACAAUAUAUUGUUCCCUUUAGGGAACAUGUCUUAUCUAGGUUUUUUUUUUUUUUUUCCCUCUACUGAUCUUUUUUGUUUCUUUUAUAUACAAGUUAUAAUUAUGUGCAAUAAAAUAUAUAGUGACUGAUAAUUUAUAAAUAAUUAUUCUGAGCUUUUUUAAAUUUAUAUAUAUAUUUAUACUUCAGAUUUGUAUAACUUAAUCAUUAAAAAAAACAUUCUUAGUUAAAUAUUCUGAAACAUUCAUAUUCUUUUAUUUUUUGAUGAUGAAUAUGAAUGUUUCUGAUGCAUAUGUUCAUAUAUCCUUCUGUUACAUGUGAAGAAUGCUUUUUUUAUGUGAAGAAAAGUUAUGAAAUUGAAUGCUGAAGUUCAUAUUUCUUGAAAUUACAAACAUUUUUUUUAAUGUUAAGUAAGUAUUUGAUUUUAAUUAUUUUUAUAAAAGAAAUCUAUUGUACAAUCACUAUUCUUAUACUAGCUGAAAUAAUGGUCUUUCAUUGUUACUCAUUGCUGCUUAUUUUUUUUUUUUUAUCUAGUUCAGAUUUUUAAAAAUUUAUUGGAUUUUCUUGAAUACACAUUUGCAUAUUUUUAUGUGAUUUAUUAUUUCUACAUGGUGAAAGUAUUCUCAAUAGUUUUUACUAACCUUAAGGAAUUUAUUUAAUAUCUUUAAAAACAUAGAUUUUUUUUUAUUCAUUAAACUUCUGUAAUCUAUUGGAAUUUUAAUGCUUAAUUAUAUUGUUAGUUUUCUCUGUUUAAGAACUGUGAAUUAGGUAUGCAUGUUUGUUAGUUUAAAAAAUCAGAAAAUUUAAAUUGUAAUUUUUUUUAUUUGCAAAAGUUGGACAAACAGCUUGGAAAUGUAGAAAUAGUUCGGUUAUUCAAAGUAAUUCAAUUUCUUAAACUUUUGAAGAAAUGGUUUAUAAAAAUUUAUUAACAUAUGUAUUUUGUUUAUUUAUUUGUGAUAUUUAUGCUACAUUUAAUAUAAUUCCAUCAUGGAUAUUUAUCAAUGAUUUUUUUAAAAUACUAAAUCAUUGUUUUUAUUGUCUUAGGUUUUAUUAGUUGCUAAUUUUGUGAAUUUUAAUUUUUCUAAAAAAAUUAGAUUUGAAAAAUUUCUGAUUAUGAUUAUAAAUUAAAGAAAAUUAAUUGCUUAUAUUUCCAUUAUUGUACUAAGUUUAAAUUUUUAGUUAUUUAUUAAUUUUUUAUUCCACUUAUUUAUAUAAGUAUGCUAAUUAUUUCAAUGUGAAGAUUCAUUAAAAAUGUUUUAUUCAUAUAUCUUAAAUCAUUUGGAGUUAUUUUGUGAACCUUCAUUUAUUAGUUAUCCUGAAGAUAUAUUUUUAAUAAUAAACUAGUCAAUAAGGUACAUGAUUUAUAUGUAUUACUUGUUAACAAUUAUACUGUCAGUAGAUGAUAUAUCCAUUUGCUAAUAUUUUAUAAAAGGUGAUGUCCCAUUAUUCAUAGUUUUUAUAUGCAAUAGCUUAGUUUUAUUUGAAGGUUUUGAAAUUAUGCAAUUUAAUUCAUGUCAGUCAUAUAUGUUAGUCCUUUUCUUAACUUGCUUUUUUUUUUCCUUCUUACAAUUUGUAUAGUUUUGUUUGGCUUGCCUCGAGGAAAGUAUAUUAAUUUUUAAAAUUUUGUCUUAAUUCAUGAAUUUUCAAAAAAAUGCAAGGAAAUGACUUUUAACCAUUAUUUUAACUCAGUGCCUGGAGAUUUUCUCACAAUUAAAGUAAAAUGAAAAUGGUUUUAGUUGAUUUAAUUAAAUUUAAUGCUUGUAUUAGAUAUCAACAUAGUAAUUAAAAUAGACCAUAUAUUUUUAUGAAGUAUUUUUAUACAAAAAACAUUUACUAAAAAUUGUCCUUCAAAGAUUUUUAAUUAUUAUGCAUCAAAAGAGAAAUUUUGCAAACUUUUUAUAGAAGAUUAUAAUAAAAAAUAGCAUUUUAAAUAUUUGCACAUUUUAAGAAUUAUAUUAAAAUUUUAUUAGUUUCUAUUUGAAAUGAAAGCUUAAUUAAUUGCCAUUGACUGGACAUGUGUUACAGCAUUUGACCAUUCUAUUACAGUCAGCUUAUGUCAUACAACUGCCUUUGAUGUAAACAAGAAAUUUUGUGUAGUUAUGCAAGGUAUACCAAAUAUGUGAAUAGAUGUAUGAGCUUUAGAUAUAUGCUUUGUUCUGCUGAAAUUGCCAUUUUUAUAACUUAUUGUGUAAGUAUAUAAUCCUUAAGACAUGUAUAAUUUUGUUAUCUGAAAUGUGACUUUGAAUAUGUAAUAUCUAAAUCAUUUGAUAAUUUUUUAUUAUCUUUCAAAUACAUUUAUGGUAAUGUUUUUAUAAAUUUUAAUGUGAAUGAAAAGUAAAAAUUGCAAAUUUUCAAAUAUGAAACUAUUUUAGAUUCAAUAUGUAAAAAUAUAUAUAAAUCACAUUUUUUUCUGAUAUAAAGGUUAACUUCAUUUUUUCUUUAACGUGAGUAAAGAUUGUAGUAAAAAUUCCACUUUUACAUAAUUCUGAUACUUGAUAGAUAUUUUGACGUUAUUUUCUCUUUUUAUGUGGCACAUUUAGCUCGGCAUCGUCUAACACCGAUGCCUUAGUACCUGGUACACUAAAACAUGUGAGGCAUCAGUGCUAAUCAUGCUAUCCUUGUAGAUUGGAGCAAAAAAAAAAAAAGAUGUCAUAAUUCAAUGAAAAAAAAAUAUAUCUGCAUUUGUGUUCAAGAUGUUGAAAGUAUCAAUUGUAUAUUCGACCUCUGAAUUAUCAGCUUGAUUAAAAUUUCAUUUUCAACUUUUUUUUACUUCCCAUUAAAAAUAGAUAUUUUGUCCUUCUGCUUAUGCUUGGAACCUUAAUUUACUGGUCAUAAAAAUGAAUUUUUAAAAUAAAAAAAACAUUUAUAUAUAUUUUUAGAUAAUUUAAUAUAUUUAUAUAUUUUAGCCUUAUCUGCUCAAGGGAAUAUAUAUGUGUUUCAUCAUUAUAAAAGUAAAAUGACGUUUUAGAAACAAAUUAUUGUACUUAACAUAUAUAUAUAUUUAUUUAUUUACUAUUAUAAUUAUAUUUUUACAAUAUUUAUUGAUGUUAUUUGUGAAUAAUUAUCAUUGUCAUUAAUAUAUUUAAUAUAUGAUAAGGAUGUCUUGUAAUUCUAUCUAUACAAUAAAAUGUGAUCAUUUUUUCCUACUGCUAUUUCAUGUUGUUUUGUUCCUGUUUAUUAACAAGUACAAAGAUCCAUGAAGACACCUUGAAGCAUAUUUUCAUUUUCAUGUAGGGAUAUAUACCAUUGCAUUAUAUUAGAUUAUAUAUAACUAUACGAAUUAAUUUGGCAUGUUGGGAAUUCAUUUUUGGUAAAAACAUAAAAUUUUGGAAUAAUUAUCUUUGUGCCUUUUGUAGUUGUGGCAUUUUUGAUGGAUUUUAUUUAACUACUUGUAUUAUUUUUAUGUCUAUACAAAUGCUGUGCACAGUUUUGCAAAUUUUAUAUUAUAUCUCCUCAAUAAAAAUGGUUGCAUUAUAUUAUAGUAUUUAUUAUUUCCAUUUAUUAAAAAUCAUAUAAUAUACUUAGUUUAUAAAAUGAUUAAAAAUGUUCUUAAAUUUCAUUUGCAUUCCAUUUACAUCCAUACAUUCCAUACAUUUUUAUCAAAUUUAUCUUCAGAUUUAAAAAUGAAAUGAGCUGUUUGUUCUCAGUUCUCAAUUAAAUAUAUGUAUGUGUGUUUGUAAGUGAUACAUUUUUAUGUAUUUGGGGGAGAGGAGCUGUGCAGGCAAAAAUGGU